AACCAAUCACUGAUGUAGAUAUCGUGUGAUAGAAAAUUAUGUGAAUUAUUUUGCCAAUUGUGUGAAUCAACAAAUUGAAAUAAAUUGAAUCGAAAACUUAUCGACAUUUAUUCAUAAUGAUUUCCUUACGAACAUUAAAUCGAUUCUAUUUCCGUGAUCAUAGACUAAUCAAUAGUCUUUCAUCUGUUAUUAAUGACUGCAAAUCAUUGUACAAACCAUCAAUUUAUAUAGAAACACGAAAACAAAUAUCUGAUGAUGGUCCACAAAAAAAAUCACAAGGAAAAAUGACAGAAAAUAAGGAAAUAAAAUCACAAUUUAUGGAAGAUGGUAUACGUAUGACAACCAGAGAACGUUUAAAACAGAUGGCCAUUGUUUAUGGUCCAUUGGCAACCGUUUUACAUAUCGGUCUUUCUUUAACCUUUUUGGGUAUAACUUAUGUUGCGAUAAAAUUUGGAAUUGAUGCAUUCGGAUUUAUUGAAAAAAAUGAUUUAUUUGGUGAAACUUAUAUGAGAAUUUUAUCUACUGGUGGUACAUUUGGUGUUGCAUAUGCUGUUUAUAAAGCAAUGAUGCCUAUACGUGUUAUGGUUACAAUAUUUGUUACACCAAAAGUUGCUACUAAACUACAAUCAAUGGGUUUAAUUAAAAAACGUUUUUAAACUGAUAAUGAAAAUUAAACCAAUGGCAAUAUUAUUAUUUUAGAAAAUAUGUUUUUUGAAAAAUAUAU